AUGCACGCUCUCAAAUCGCAAUGGCACCGCCUGGGCGGUUCGAAGGGAAAGGCGCCUUACAGACCUGAUCAAGGAGAUGAAAAGAGACUGGUGGUCGGACACUUCAUGUUGGGAAAUACGUAUCCUUUCACGGCAGAUGAUUGGCAGGCCACAUUCGAUCUCGCUGAGGAUACGCUAUUAGAUGCGAUUGUCCUCAAUAUAGGUCCAGAGGAAUGGCAGCUCACCCAAGCUCAGCUUGCCUACGAGCUCGCCUCCUCCCGCCGUAUCAAGCUUCUACUGUCGUUGGAUAUGAACGUCCUUCCGCAUUCCCCCGAUGAGCUGUCUAGUAGGGUUGUCACUGCUAUCAAUGCUGGUCGCACUUCCCAGCUGCUAUGGGACGACAAACCUGUCCUCAGCACCUUUUCCGGCCACGAGUUUGGCGAUGAAAACUGGGUCGAGACCCUCCGCCUGAUCUCACGUGGCCUCGAGCAACAAGUCAUGUUCUGGCCUGCAUUCUUCAUGCCGCCAAGCGACUUUAUGGCAAAGCCAUAUGUGGAUGGUGCGUAUGCUUGGAUUAGCGGAUGGGCGAUGGACAAUACGUCAAUGAGCUUGAAGGUGGACCAGCCAUUCCUGAAGGGCGACAAGCCGUAUAUGGCUGCCAUUUCACCGUUGUUCUUCACUCAUUAUGGGACGGAAGGUGAUUGGGCGUGGAACAAGAAUUGGAUUUACCCCUCGGACAAUCUUCUUCUCCCAAAUCGCUUCCUCGGAUUCAUCUCUCCACACACCCGUACACCGACCCCUCAGAUCAUACAACUCAUCUCUCUCAACGACUACGGCGAGUCUCACUAUCUGUUCCCCGUCCGCGGCGCACAGCCUGGGUCAGACGCCUGGACAGAAGGGAUGGACCAUGAGGGAUUCAGAAUCAUGUGCAAGUACUUUAUCGGCCGCUGGAAGAAUGGUUUGAGUGAAGGAGAAGAGCUUGAUGAUGGGCAUGAGGGCAAGGUGGUGAUUUGGUAUCGGACAAAACCAAAAGAUGGAGUCUAUGAUGAUGCGGUCGGUAGGCCAGAUCGAGCAGAAUGGGCAAGUCUUCUCUCCCUUCAUUUGUCAAUAGGCUCGCUUACGAUAACGCAGGCCGAGGACCUCAUCAACCUCUUCAUCCUGCUUCCCUCCCACUCGGCACAUUAUACCCUCCACCUCACCAAUGGUCCAGCCAGCCAUACACGCUCCUUGAAGUCGGGUCGACUCAACCUCCUCACGUUACCUUUCAUCCCUGGCAAUGUACACUAUAGUAUCAUGAAGAAGGAAGGGAGCGCAGAAAGGGUUAUACUGGAGGGAGAUGGGAAGGAGAUCACAGAGGGCGGCGCGUGGAACUUUAACAUGUGGAGUGGGAGCGUGUACUGA